AUGGCCUCUAGAGCGAGAAUUCAGCCCCUCUUCCGGGCAGCUGCCCGGAGGCAGACGCUUUUGAACACCGGCAGCCGGCACGCGAUGCGGCAGGUUUCGGCCCCGGUUGUCACCGCCGCCGCCCGAUGCAUGUCCACUACGGGCACAAGGCCCUCAAAGGAGGCUGGCUUGAAGGAGAUUAAGCUCACAGCCAACGCGUACCCUGACAUCAAGCGGGACUCCCGUUUCGCUGAGGUGACAGAUGCGCACGUCGCCUACUUCAAGGACCUCUUAGGCUCUUCUGGUGUCAUUGACGGUGUAACGACGGACGCGGCUGAUGACCUUACUGCUUUCAACGAGGACUGGCUGCGCAAGUACCGUGGCCAGUCGCAGCUUGUCCUGAAGCCCGCAUCAACAGAUGAGGUCAGCAAGAUUCUCAAAUACUGCAACGAGCACAAGCUCGCCGUCGUGCCUCAGGGCGGCAACACCGGUCUUGUCGGCGGCUCUGUCCCCGUCUUUGAUGAGAUUGUCAUCAACAUGAGCCGCAUGAACCAGAUCCGCUCAUUUGACGACGUCAGCGGUACCCUCGUCGUCGACGCUGGUGUUAUCCUCGAGGUUGCUGACCAGUUCCUGGCCGAGAAGGGCUACAUCUUCCCCCUCGACCUUGGCGCUAAGGGUUCCUGCCACGUCGGCGGCAAUGUCGCCACCAAUGCCGGCGGUCUGCGUCUGCUUCGUUACGGCAGCCUCCACGGCAACGUGCUCGGUCUCGAGGCGGUGCUUCCUGAUGGCACCAUUGUCGAUGACCUCUGCACUUUGCGCAAGAACAACACUGGUUACGACUUGAAGCAGCUCUUCAUUGGUGGUGAAGGUACUAUUGGUAUCAUCACCAAGGUCUCCAUCAUCUGCCCGCAGCGCUCUCAGGCCGUCAACGUCGCCUUCUUUGGCCUCGAGUCGUACGAGAAGGCUCAGCAGGCUUUCAAGUCCGCCAAGGGUCAACUCGGAGAGAUUCUCUCCGCCUUCGAGCUGAUGGACGGCCGCAGCCAGGAUCUUGUCCAUGCUGUGCGCCAAAACAAACGCCCUCUCGAGGGAGACCACCCGUUCUACUGUCUGGUCGAGACGAGCGGUUCCAACGGUGACCACGACUACGAGAAGCUUGAGAAGUUCCUCGAGGACGUCAUGUCUAACGAGAUCGUCUCGGACGGUGUGCUAGCGCAGGACGAGACGCAGAUCAAGGCGCUCUGGGGUUGGCGCGAGGGCAUCCCCGAGUGUCUGGGUCACUGGGGCGGCACCUACAAGUACGACGUUUCGAUUCCGCUCAAGGACCUCUACCAGCUCGUUGAUGACACCAAGGCCAAGAUGGAAGCGGCUGGUCUUGUCGGUGACACGGAUGAGUUCCCCGCUGUGGGUGUCGUUGGCUACGGCCAUAUGGGUGACGCUAACCUCCAUCUCAACGUCGCUGUCAGACGAUACGACCCCCGUAUCGAGAAGGUCCUCGAGCCGUUUGUCUACGAGUGGAUCCAGGAGCGUAACGGCAGCAUCAGCGCCGAGCACGGCUUGGGUGUGGCGAAGAAGAAGUUCGUCGGCUACAGCCGAAGCGAGAGCAUGGUUGGCCUGAUGAAGCAAAUCAAGAAUCUCUACGACCCGAACGGCAUCAUGAACCCCUACAAAUACGUCUGA